GCCCGUGGUGCUCUGCGACACCCGCGCUCCGGGCGCGGCCCUGCCAGGCAGCGGGGCCGCCCAGCGCCGGGCCCCGCGUCCGCCCCCGCCCCAGCCCCCGCCCCAGCGCCGGGCCCCGCGUCCGCCCCCGCCCCAGCCUCCCUCGGCAGCGGGCGGGGCCUCUCCGGGCUGCCCGGGGAGGGCGGUGUUUCCUGCCCAGGCCUGCGAGAGGCGGGUCCGGCGCUGAGGAGAACCGGGUGCUCUUCCCGGAAGAGGCCGGAAGGAAACUGGAGCCGUGCUUUCCUCCCGGGCGGCUUUGACCCCGGCGGCUCUCGGUUCUCCUUUCCUGGCGCUGGGUCGCUGAGUUCAGGGCCGGGCAGAGGCUGUGGCCGGUUCUGCCUCAGAACGGCGGGGAGAAGCCGCCUGAGGCUCCAGAAAGAUGCAGUUCCUUGGCCGGCUGGUGAAUACCUUCAACAGCGUCACCCAAAUGUUCACAAACCCUUACCGGGUGAAGGAGGUGCUGACUGCAGAGUAUUCCACUCAGACAUGCCUGAGGGAGGAAGGCAGGGUGGCCUUGUAUAAGAGCAGUCUCACUCGCUCCUGGGAUUGCCUGCUGGUGAAUCCCCAGAGCCCACACGUCGCCUUCCGGCUCUUCCAGCUUGACAACGAGGCAGAUGCCCUGGUGUGGUUUGAGCGGUACGCCAGGCACCUGCGCCCCUUCUACGAGAGCUCAGCCCAGCCCUUGUCGCUGGAGGACCUGCAGCAGCUCACCGACUGCAUCCGCAGCCACCCCGGCUGGUCCUCGGCGCACUUCGCGGUGGAGAUCGGCCGUCGUGAGACCUUCCGGCACAACCACGUCCUGAGCUGCGUGAACAGCACGGACAGCGAGGACGGCUGCACCCCGCUGCACCUGGCGUGCCGCAGGGGAGACGUGGAGUGCCUGCUGGAGCUGCUGGAGUGCCAGGCCCGGGUGGACAUCACCGACAGGAACGGGGAGACCGUGUUCCACUACGCUGUGCGAGGGAACAGCCCCCAGGUCAUCGAGCUCCUGGGCAGAACCCCAACUUCUGGCUUGGACCACCUGAACCAUGAAGGGCUGACAGCUCUGCACCUUGCUUGUAAGCUGGGCAAGGAGGACAUGGUUCGGUCUCUGCUGAAAUGCCGGGCCACCUGCAGCGCUGUGGGCACGCUGGGCUACCCCAUCCACACAGCACUGAAGUUCUCCCAGAAGGGGUGUGCCCAGGCCAUCCUCGAGGUGGAUUCCAGCCAGGUUCUCUCCAGAGACCCGCGCUAUGACGCCACUCCGCUGCACUGGGCGAAGAAGGCAGAGAUGACGCGGCUGCUGCUGGAGUACGGCUCCGAGGUGAACUCGACCAGCCGCACGGCUGACAUGGCCCUGCACAUCGCGGUCAAGAGGGGGCGCUUCGACUGCGCCAUGGUCCUGCUGACACACGGGGCCCACACCAACGCCAGAGGUCAGGAUGGCAACACGCCCCUGCACCUGGCCAUGAAGCAUGACGACCUGGAUAUGAUCAAAGCAAUUGUUGUGUUCGGAGGAGAUGUCGAGAUCCCAAAUGAUUUUGGGGAGACACCGGGGCUGUUGGCAGCCAGGAGCAGCAAAGGUGCGAACCGGAAAGUGCUCUUAGAACUGCUGCAAACUGUAGGGACCGAGCGCUGCCACCCACCCAACCCUGACUCCCCAAGCCUGGCACCAUCUGCCGCCUCCUCCUUUUUGGAAGGCCAACCUUCCUCACGGAGCAGCUUCAACAGCUUAGGGUACAAGGACCUUUUGUAUGUUUCUGCAACACUUGGACAGUUCUUGAAGGCACCAGAUGUUGUGGACUUACCUGGUGAAGGCAGAAGAAAUCAUGAUCGCCUCCUGUGCCUAGAUGGAGGAGGCAUCCGGGGCCUUGUGCUCAUCCAGCUCCUCCUGGCAAUCGAAAAGGCUGCGGGACGUCCCAUUCGUGAGAUUUUUGACUGGAUCGCAGGGACCAGCACCGGGGGGAUCUUGGCCUUGGCUAUUGUACAUGGGAAGUCCAUGGACUACAUGCGCUGCCUGUACUUCCGCAUGAAGGACAUGGUGUUCCGGGGGUCUCGGCCCUACGAGUCGGAGCCCCUGGAUGAGUUCUUGAAGAAGGAAUUUGGGGAAAACACCAAAAUGACAGAUGUCCAAAAGCCCAAGGUUAUGGUGACAGGGACGCUGUGUGACCGGCAGCCAGCUGAGCUCCAUCUUUUCCGAAAUUACUCCGUACCAGAGACAAAAACCUCCACUGUAUACAAGACGACUGCAUCUUUCAAACCACUCACUCAGCCAGAAGGAAGGUUGCUGCAGGAGGCUGUGUGCUUUCCCCCCCCUCCAGAGCAGCUGGUGUGGCGCGCUGCCCGCUGCAGCGGGGCGGCUCCCACUUAUUUCCGGCCGAUAGGACGCUUUCUGGAUGGUGGGCUGCUGGCCAACAACCCGACCCUUGAUGCCAUGGCAGAGAUCCACGAAUACAACAAGACACUGGUCAAGAAGGGUCAGAAGGAAAAAGUAAGAAAAUUGGGGUUGGUGGUCUCCCUGGGGACGGGGAAGCCUCCGCAGGUCCCGGUGAGCUCCGUGGAUGUUUUCCGCCCCUCCAACCCUUGGGAGCUGGCGAAGACCGUCUUCGGGGCCAGGGAGCUUGGCAAGAUGGUGGUGGAUUGUUGCACUGACGCAGAUGGCCCAGCUGUGGAUCGUGCCAGGGCCUGGUGCGAGAUGACGGAUGUCCCAUAUUUCCGGCUGAGCCCUCAGCUGCACACGGAGGUGAUGUUGGAUGAGGUGAAUGACACCGUGCUGGUGAAUGCUCUCUGGGACACCCAGCUUUACAUCUACCAGCAUCGGGAGCAGUUUGAGCAGCUGGUGCAACAUCUGUGCCGAUGACUGACCUGGAGGUUCUUCUUCAGCAUCCCCAUGGCAAGGAGCAGCAGACACUGAAAUGGCUCAUAUUUGCCCUUGAACCAAGAUGCUGAGGUGGGGGAGGGACUGCUACUACUAAUAACAAGGAACUAAUGUUAUUUAGUAGAAAAUAAGUGCACAUAAACGUGUAUUCCAGGACACACCCGUGUAUUCCCAGACAGCUGGGAAAUACUGACAGUUACCUUUGUACUGUGGCCGUGACUGCUGCUGUGCUUGGUUUUCCUGCCCUGCUCUGUGAUCAUACAGCCUGUCCCACAAGCCAGAGAGCCCCCACCACCCACCUUGAGCUGUAGCAGCUGGAAUCUGUCUCCUGUCUGUACAGGUGACAAAGCACUGUGCACCUUCCCAUAUCACAGAACAGGCCAAGGCUAGAUAAAGCUUCAGUGAUUACUUGCCCCACUGGGGCCAAGUUGUUUUGGAAUGUGUAGUAUGGAGAAAAGGGAUUAUUCAUCCUUUAACACGCCUGGUUUGAAGAGGAGUAGAAACACUAAUAGGUACACUCAGUAGAUAACGACACAGAAUGUUGCCACUGGCCCUGGGAGAGGGGCGAAGCUUUCCUGAGCCAAUUGACUUGGUAGCACCUUCCCAUUUCCCUUACUGUACCUGACUGUGCUCAAGGUGGGAGCUCAAGACUGAGAUGUGAGAGCCUGUCUUUACUUGCAGGAGGCUCAAGAUGAGGGGCCAGCCUUGGCUUGGUAGGAGAGAGUGGUUUUUAUUCUUAAUGUGAAAUUGAAAUGCUUGGAGAUCAUUUACCAUCGAAGAAACUGACCCUGUGACAAUUUAGAUUUACUUUUUUGCUGCUUGAAAUUCCAUUAUGAAUGCUACACUAGUCAGUGUUUCUGCAGUAAAUUUUUGUGUUUAUAAAUAAUUUAUGUAUCUAUUUGGAGGUGUUAUGAGGUGUUACCUGAAAAACUGAAUUCUUAAUUGUUUGCUUUUGACUGGAGAGACUGCUGUUGUGAACAGUGCUUCUAUGCAAAACUAACAUGACGUGAAAUAAAGAGAGGUUUGCAUUUGGUUCCACUGUCA